AGCAGGCACCGGCCAUGGGACUCGCACGGCACCAGACGGCCGUCUCGCGCAUCGCCAGCACCAUCCGCGGCUUCUACGAGCGCAAGGAACCCUUCCGCAUCAACCACGGCUCGACCAACAGCACCCGCCCCAUCCGCCGCGACCGCCAAGUCGACAUCGGCGACCUCCGCAAUGUCCUCCGCGUCGAUCCGAGCACGAGACGCGCUCUUGUCGAGCCCAAUGUCCCCAUGGAUAGACUGGUCGAGGCGACUAUGAAACAUGGCCUGGUGCCGCCGGUGGUGAUGGAGUUUCCGGGCAUCACGGCGGGGGGUGGCUUUGCGGGAACGGCGGGCGAGAGCUCGAGUUUCAAGUAUGGGUUUUUUGAUAAGACGAUUCAUUCGGUGGAGAUGGUGUUGGCGGAUGGGAGUGUCGUCAAGGCGUCGGAGACUGAGAAUGCGGACUUGUUCCAUGGCGCGGCCGGUGCGGUGGGCAGUUUGGGCGUCACGACGUUGAUCGAGUUGCAGUUGAUCGAGGCGAAGAAGUUCGUCAAGGCCACGUAUCAUCCGCAGCGCAGUGUCGGGGACUCGGUCCAUUCGGUGCAUGAGCAUACGUUGAACGACCGGAAUCACUACGUCGAUGGGAUUGUCUAUGGGCCGGAACACGGCGUGGUUAUCGCUGGUGAAAUGGCGGACGAGUUGCCCUCCGCGGCUCAGGUGCAGACCUUCAGUCAUGCCUGGGACCCCUGGUACUAUCUACAUGUGCAGGAGAAGACGAGAAAGUCUGGCGGCCCCGUAACGGACUAUAUCCCGCUGGCGGAGUAUCUGUUCCGCUAUGACCGCGCUGGGUUCUGGGUGGGCCGGUCUGCCUUCCAUUACUUUAACUUCCCCUUCAACCGACUGACGCGGUGGUGGCUGGAUGAUUUCCUGCAUACACGCAUGCUCUACAAGGCCCUGCACGCCAGCGGGGAGUCAAGCCGAUACGUGGUUCAGGACCUGGCGCUGCCGUACUCCACGGCCGAGUCGUUUAUCGACUACACCGGCGAGAAACUGGGAAUCUGGCCGUUGUGGCUGUGUCCGCUGAAGCAGAGCCCGGCACCGACGUUCCAUCCACACGAGACCACCGUGAAAAGCGAGGGUUUCACUCCCGGCCAGAUGUUGAACAUCGGAGUUUGGGGAUUCGGACCUAAGGACCCGGACACGUUUGUCGCGGCCAAUCGGGACCUUGAACGCCGGCUGCGGGAACUCGGUGGCAUGAAGUGGUUCUAUGCGCACACUUACUACAACCAGGACGAGUUCUGGGGCAUGUACGACCAGAAGUGGUACGAAGGAUUGCGGCAGAAGUACUCGGCGCAGACCCUGCCGAGUGUGUACGAUAAGAUCCGCAUCGAUGUGGACGCGGAUCGAAAGGAGCGCAGUGAAUCGUGGGGCCGCAAGCUGCGUGAUAUCUGGCCCCUAGGUGGGCUUUGGGGUAUUCACAAGGCGAUCCAGAGCAAGGAUUACUUUAUUCAUCGGAAUUCGGAGUGGAAAUGGAAGGGAUAAACCAUGUAUUAUAUGUAAUAGGGGCCGAGGGUUGUAUAUCAGCUCGAUAGACUUGUAUAGCUAGAGAUAGACCAAUAUACUGGAUAUGAA